GUGCUCCGUUCCCGCACCGCACCGAGCGGCCGGCCGCGGGGAGACGUCCCGGAGAGUUUGCCUGGGAACGCCGGCAAGUUUCUUCCUCUGCCCGCUUUCCGGGAGCGGAACCUGCAAGGCGCUCCUACCAGGAACGGAUGCCAAGGUCACUUUGAGGAAUGUGCCCUAAGAGAUCAAGAAAAUACUGAAUCUUCAUGGAGAAACAAAUCAUGUAGCCUUUGAAUUCAGACAUGAAGAGAAACACAUCCGUCUGAAGUGGUCAUGAACCCCAAACAAGUCUUCUUUUCUGUCCUGCUGUUUGGGGCAGCAGGGCUGCUGCUCUUCAUGUAUUUGCAAGUCUGGAUUGAAGAACAGCCCACAGGGAGAAUAGAGAGGAAAAGAGAACAAAAGGGAACAUCAGUGACUUCAGGGAGAAUCCAGGAACACAUCACCAAUCAGAACUCCGAGGUGCACAUGCCUGAGGACCUAAAGAAGAAAAGGGGAAAUCUGCUCAACCUGGAGGCACCUGCUAGGGUUUUAAGAAAGAGCAACCAUUCCCAAGGGGAGGAUGGAGCUCCCCAAUCAUCAACAGAUAACUCAAAAGAAACACACCAAGUAGCUAAAUCUCAAGCCUUUCAGAAGCCCGUUGAGAUGAAUUGGCCACUAGUCACUCGGCCCUUAAACAAAAGUUCAGUCCAGGGCAACAACAAAUGGAAGAAAGCAGAUGAAACCCAAGAAAAACGUCGGUCUUUCCUUCAAGAGUUUUGCAAGAAAUACAGUGGAGUAAAUGAUCCCAAAUCCAGUCUUUUUCAUAUAGUAUCCAGAAUCUAUGUAGAAGACAAACACAGAACUCUGUACUGUGAAGUGCCAAAGGCUGGCUGCUCUAACUGGAAAAGGGUUCUGAUGGUCCUAAAUGGAUUGGCUUCCUCUACAUACAAUAUUUCCCAUGACACUGUUCACUAUGGAAAGCAUCUGAAAACCUUAGAUAGCUUUGACUUAAAAGGAAUAGACAUGCGUUUAAAAGCCUAUACCAAAGUCGUGUUUGUGCGAGAUCCCAUGGAAAGAUUAGUGUCAGCGUUUAGGGAUAAAUUCGAGCAUCCCAACAGUUACUAUCAUCCAGUGUUUGGAAAGGCGAUUAUAAAGAAAUACCGACCAAAUGCAGGUGUGGAAGCAUUAAAUAAUGGAUCCGGAGUAAAAUUCAAAGAAUUUGUCAACUAUCUUUUGGAUCCUCACCGUCCAGUAGGAAUGGAUAUUCACUGGGAAAGGGUCAGCAAACUCUGUCAUCCAUGCUUGAUCAACUACGACUUCAUAGGGAAGUUUGAAACAUUAGAAGAAGACGCCAAUUACUUCCUGCAACUGAUUGGUGCUCCAAAGGACCUGAAAUUCCCGAACUUUAAGGACAGGCACUCAUCUGAUGAAAGAACCAGUGCUCAAGUGGUAAGGCAGUACUUAAAGGACCUGACCAGAGCAGAGAGACAGCGCCUCUAUGACUUUUAUCACUUGGACUAUUUGAUGUUUAAUUACACAACUCUACAUUUAUAAUUUGCAUUCAUUUUCUAAAGCCCUACAUUGAUUUAAUGAUGAUGGCCUCAAAUACACUCCUGUAAUUUUCCUACAAUUCUCUGUAUGGGGGAAAUUUAACUAAGUGAAGUUGUCUUGAUUGAAUGAAGAUUUUUUUUUCUUAACCAAAGAGUAUGACAGCAAUUGGCACAAAGUUAUUGGAAAAUCAU